GAAUUAUCCUUGCUCUGAACAAGUCCUGCAGGAGCCUUUGGCACAGCGGCCCAGAGAGCACGAGCACCUCAACUACUCAUUCGGCAGCUCUGAGCUUACAUGAUGCCUUGGGGGAAGAAUUCGCAGAACUAGACUCAAAUAACGAACCAGCCUCGCCGAGCAUGCCUGAGGUCUCAUCUACCACAGGAGAAGGCGCAGCAAGCGCUGUCGCCGUCGAAACGGCUGCACCAGAGGUCCAACCGGCUUCACCUUUCAUUGUCGACAACAUGAGGAACAUCGAUGACCACGGGGGAUCCGAAUUGCGUCGCCGUCAGUUGAGAUCUGGCAAUGACUCUAUCGAAGGGGCCUCAGAGGACAAUGCGCAGGAUGGUUCUCAUGCAGCGUCUCACCCAGAUCCCAGUAGUCCAUCGGAAGGACCCGAAGACCGUCACCGAUAUCAGGCCCGCUCUGUCGAGUCUACCGAAGGGGGAAGCCAUGCCCCAGGCACUGGCAAUUUCUCUGAGAACUUCAACUUCAACCAGCCCCAGAGCAAGGGGAAAGCGCGGGUGGAGUCGAUCGUGUCGCCUUUGGACCAGCAGCUGCCUGGCCCAGCACGUGAUAUCGGGCCGCUUCAACCCCCAAGUCUACCUUUGCGGAACCCACGUCGUUUAAUGUCCCUAUUCACUCGAUCCUCGCCUCCGGAAGAGCAGGCACAUAAGCCUCCACCGGAAUCUGGGCCUGCUACGAUCGCACCUUUUGCUGACAUUACUCCCGAGUCUGGUACCAUUGGGGCGAUACUGCAGAUGCUGCUGUCCAAACUGGUUCCCAGGCCCGAUGCUUUAUAUGAUGAGAGGGCCUACAGAGCACGAGAGUGGUGCGACAUGACUUGGAUGCCCGAAGUGAUCAUCAAUACGUGCCAGAACACGCUCACUAAGCAAUGGACACGAAAAAUACCCUUGGUUCAGCUGUACCCACCUGCGUUCACUGCUUGCUGGCAGUUGACGGACAUUGUCAAUGAGGUCGCCUCCAUGGCUGCCAGCAGGCUCGAAAUAUUCGAGUUCUGCUCUGGUAGCGGGGGUCCAACACCUGUGUUCGAGCGGCUUAUCAACCGAGAUCGGGCAAGCAAAGGCGAAGAGCCCCUUCAGUUCACGAUUUCUGAUCUCCACCCUAACCCCAAGGCGUGGAUGGAGCAUACAGCGAGCUCGAAACAUUUGCGGGUCAUCGAUUACCCAAUCGACGCCGCUGAUCCUCCGACCGUUGCUAUGAGCAGCGGUGCCGCUGGAAGAAUAUCCUUUGCAGACGACUCGAAGCGCAUAUUCCGUUUAUUCAAUCUCUCGUUCCAUCAUUUCGACGACGAGGCAGCUAAGAAGAUACUGCGGAGUACCAUGGACACCGCCCACGCUAUCACAAUUAUCGAGCUACAGGACCGUCGUCGAAAAUGCAUGUUUAUGAUGUUGCUCAGCUUCCUCCCAGUCUUGGUACUUACGCCCAUCUGGUUCUCUCUCUUUGAAGAAGGCUGGAGGAAGAAGCUUAGGAACCUCCGCCAGAUUGCUCUUACCUUCUUUCCCGUCUGGCUCAUCUUAGUAUGGGACGGUCUCGCGUCGUGUCGACGUACUCGCGAAUUCGAAGAGUUCGUAGAGCUUGUGAGCGCUGCAGCAGAAGAAGAAAGCCCAUCCCCUAUCAGAGAGCGCGAAAUGUACGAGAAGGCGGUGAAAACCUACGAGGUCAAUAACUGGUUAUUUUGCGAGCAUCCCCGGGUAUUACACACAAUGCCUGGCAUGUACGUCAACAUGAUCACGGGGUACAGAAUGCGGCCCGGCUAGCGAUCGGACAGCGUGCUGUCCCCAAAGGUGGCUGGCAAACGUCCAAGCAUCUCCAAAGGCAUUUUAAAGAAGCGCACCUCGUCGAGCCAAUCGUCCAGUAGCGGUCAAGGAGCAGGCGAAUCUC